GGCACUUUGCAGGCGGCUGCUGAUGGAGUAGGAGGGAUAAGGCUGCUGUAUUCAUGGCCGUAAAGAACUGUUUGUCUGCAGCAACAGCAUCAGCAGUGUUUAUAAAGGCGCUUUGUGCAUAGCUAAUCCGCUCUGAUGUCACGGUGCAGAAGGAGGGGCUGAGCUUUCCGCUUUAAUCCGAGCAGGUUGUCUGGAGGGACAAACCGAGCCGAGCCGGGGGAGAACGCAUAGGGACACGGGGGCUAUGUGUGCUACAGCAGCCGGAGCUGGGCCUCUCCUCCGCUGACAUGCAGGUUGUGUUAUGAGUGGUGUUUCUUUGAAGAUGAGUGUGUUCUGAAGCCUGGAGUCAAACCACACUUCACUAAUGAGCCACAAAUAUCAGGGAGACACGGCGGGGGAGGCAGGCGAGGAGGAGCCCCCGGCGGCCUCGGCCCCUCCCAGGAGCAGGCAGUCUAACGGGACCACUGGCGAACACCAUGCACGUCGGUCCUGGAGGCCAUGUCAGAUGCUCAACCAGGAUGGAGAAAUGAACCCUCACCAUCACCAUUCUCAUCAUCAUCCUCAUCGUCAUCACCACCACCCUGCAGGUCGUGGACCCCCUCGUCACCGCCGGCGACCUCCAUCUGGACAAGGCCAGAGCCAGGGCCAAGCUCAGAGUCCUGGUGUGACCUCGCCUGGAGGUCCUUCUGAGAGUCAGGACGCCGAGCCACGUCCUGUACAGCAGUUCCGUCCUGCUGUUACCCGCUACCGUCGUCAUGGCGACCCUAACCCCAGACUCAGAAACCACAGACAGAAGCAGCACUUCAGUGAGAUCCAGGAUUCUACAGCUGGGGUGGAGGAAAGAGGUGUUUCAGCAGAGGUACCGGAGCAGCCGUGCUCAUCAGUCGACCCUGCAACGCAUCAACUGCAGGACAGCGCUUCUCACCAGACUCCUGUCGCCGUGGUUACCCCGACCAAUCUCUUAACUGGUCCUGCUGCUCAAAAUGAGCAUCUUCAACCUGAAAAUGCUCCUCCUAAAGCAGAAGAGGAUCUCCAUGAGCAUGAGGCUGAGCAAGAAGAGGAAUCAAAGAACGUGAAAGAUGGUGACAGAGAACAAAAAGACUUAAUCGCAGCCUCCUCCAGUGGCAGCCAUGACAAUGCAGAACAAGCUGAAAGGGUGGAGGAGGACCAAGAAGACGUGAUGGACAAUGCAGAGGAGGAUCCUGCAGCUCAGGGAAGUGAAAUCACAGAUCUCUGCUCGGAUACGGAGAGCGCCGCCUCGCUCAGUAUGGAUGGACCCCUCCACAGCCCGCCACCGCUCCAGUCCCCAACUCCUCCCUCCUCUCCUGAAGUUCCACCAUUCCCCCAGGUGGACCACUUCAGUGAGGACAUCAGUAUGAGCUCUCUGCCAGACAAUGACCCUCUGCCUGAAGAAGAGGAAGAGGAUUGCUCCGAGUCGUGUUCGCUGUCUCACUCAACCUCCUGUUCUGAGUCUUACCCAAAAACCUAUGCAGACUUUUACACAGAAUCCCACCAAAAAUCUUACGCAGAGCCCGUCUAUGAAUCGUACUCCGAGCCCAAAUCCCAUCCUAAUUCCUUUCCCGAGCCCCUAAAGGCCUCUUACCCUGAGUUACACAGGGAGCCUCGUCGGCAAUCCAGCCGUAGGACGGAGCCUAACAAGGCCCAGCAGGAGACUCGCCCAGAGCCCUUUAGCCACAGACUGGAUAACGUACAGAAAGGGGCCCCGUCCUCGCCUAUAAGGCAGGGUCGAGAUCGCUGUUCCCGCCAAUCCCCUCCGGAUCGCUCCGUUGGCUGCCGCCUGCACCAUUACGACGGGCAGUCUGAUGGUGAGGGAGACAGCGCAGAUAAAAGCCCUCUUGCUAAAAGUGGCAAACAGGCACCCAGACAACCACAAACCCAAACCAAGACCUCGUCAUCCGGGCAGAUGAGCUCGGGUGAGACCUACAAUGACCGGAGCGCGGUGGGAAAUCCAUCAGGGGAACCUCCAAAGGGCUCCGGAGACGCCAUCAGCUUGGCAAUUAAAGACAUCAAGGAGGCGAUUGAGGGAGUGAAGACUAAGACAGUGCGCUCCCCCUACACGCCGGACCAGCCCAUGGAGCCGAUCUGGGUGAUGAGACAGGAGAUCAGCCCCACGGAGGAUGCAUACCCUCUGCAAGCUACAACCGGUCAUUCUUCUCCUCACUCUCCCUCUCAGUCCGCUUCGGAGUCUCCAUCCCGUUAUGCCUCAGUUCCUCUUCGGGAUCACACCAGUCCUCUGAGAGCCGAGUCUUCCCGGAGCCUAAACCCGCAGCACUACCACCAUCACCACCACCAAGGCCACCAGUCCCAGCAGAGGGACGGCACUAGAACGUACGCACAGCCACAACAGUACGCACCGCCAACGCUGACUCAGCACCAGCCGUGUCAGCAUCAGCAGCAACAGCCUCAGCAGUCGCAAACUCAAGCCCAGCCCCAGUCACCCCAGCAGAAACCGUCUGUCCAGGAGAUUCGCAGAGCUCUUCCUCCCUUUCCCACAUUUGUUGACGUCCCAGGACCGUGUGACCCUGAAGACCUAAUUGAUGGCAUCAUCUUCGCGGCGACCUACCUUGGCUGCACUCACCUGCUGUCAGAGAGGACGCCCACAAAAAGCGCCCGCAUGCAGCAGGCCCAGGAGGCCAUGAGCAGAGUCCGGGCGGCUCAGAAGCAGGCGAAGAACAGGAAAAAGAGCCCCGACGGUGAAGCUCCGUCCACCGCCGAGGUCGACCUGUUCAUGUCCACGCAGAGGAUCAAAGUCCUCAAUGCCGACACUCAGGAGUCUCUGAUGGACCUGCCCCUGAGGACCAUAUCCUACAUCGCUGACAUUGGUAACAUGGUGGUUCUCAUGGCGAGGGGCAAAAUGGUCCGGUCCCGCAGCGCACAGGAAAACCUGGACCAGACGGACGAGCAGACCACCAUGUCCAACGAUGACCGAAGGCUGUACAGGAUGAUCUGCCACGUCUUCGAGUCCGAGGACGCCCAGCUCAUCGCUCAGUCCAUCGGUCAGUCCUUCAGCGUCGCCUACCAGGAGUUCCUCAGGGCCAACGGCAUCGACCCAGAAGAUCUGAGCCAGAGGGAGUACAGCGACCUGCUCAACACUCAGGACAUGUACAACGACGACCUCAUCCACUUCUCCAAGUCAGAGAACUGUAGAGACGUUUACAUCGAGAAGCAGAAAGGCGAGAUCCUGGGCGUGGUGAUAGUGGAGUCGGGCUGGGGCUCCAUCCUCCCCACCGUCAUCAUCGCCAGCAUGAUGCACGCCGGCCCGGCCGAGAAGUCCGGCCGACUCAACAUCGGAGAUCAAAUCAUGACCGUAAACGGGACGAGUCUGGUGGGUUUACCUCUCAGCACCUGCCAGAGCAUCAUUAAGGGUCUGAAGUCUCAAUCCAGAAUCAAGAUGAACAUUGUCAGAUGUCCUCCCGUUACCAUGGUGCUUAUCCGCAGGCCAGACCUCCGUUACCAGCUGGGCUUCAGCGUCCAGAACGGCAUAAUCUGCAGCCUGAUGAGAGGAGGCAUCGCCGAGAGAGGAGGCGUCCGCGUCGGCCACCGCAUCAUUGAGAUCAACAGUCAGAGUGUCGUGGCAACGCCUCAUGAGAAGAUCGUUCAGAUCCUGUCUAACGCCAUGGGGGAGAUCCACAUGAAGACGAUGCCUGCAGCCAUGUACCGUCUGCUGACCGCGCAGGAACAGCCCGUCUACAUCUAAACACACACUGUUGUCGCUCCUCCCAUCUCGUCACUCAGUUGGUCUCUCCUACUCCCCCCCCCCCAGUUGUUUUAAAUCCCCUCUUCCUCCUCCUCUCUGUGCCCUCUUUGAUAUCACUUGACUUGCCUUAAAUCUGUACAGGUGACUGUCGUGUGAACAUGUACAUCUCCAGUCUGACAGCUGAAGGCAGAUCAUCUCACUAGGCCGAGUGUUAAUGUGACAUUUUAUGUUUGACCAAAGAGACUUUUGUGGGUUUUUUCUUGUGCAUAUUUAGGUUGCAAACAGAGUCAAUAUUAGCUUUGGUUAAAUAGCUGUAAUAUCUGAAUGUACUCUAAUCAUGAUGGACCUAUAAAAUGUCAGGGUGGCUCGAGUGAUAAAGACCUUUGAAUGGGAGCAGGGAAGGUAAAGAGGAAUGCAUGUAUUAUUCUGCUGAAUAAAAGAAGAAAAGGCAGC